ACAAGAGAAGCUCUCACCGCCAUUGAAGCUCAGAAAAAGAUAUUCUCUCUUCCUCUAGGGUUCGUUCAUCUCAAGCGAGCAAGGGCAGAAACCGUAAAUACACCCAAAACCCCAGGUCAAAAGAUAGACAAAAACAGAAAUAAAUUAAAAAAAAGAGGAAAAAAGGGGAAGAAAAGAGAGCCUUUCUUCUCAUAUCCUCUCCCCUUCUUUCAAGAAAUCAUUUUCCUAUUUUUAUUUUAUUAGAAAAAAGAAAUAAGGAAGGCAUGACUCCAUACAUCGCGUCGGACGAUUCCUGAUCCAUCCUUCCCCAUUCUUUCCUUCUCUUGUAUGGAAACACGCAGCCGCAAGCGGGCGGAGGCCUCCUCAUCAGCCCCUCCUUCAUCUUCUUCUGGUAAUCCGCAGCGCCGUCCCAACAAGCGCUCCCGCGCCUCGGUCCCUACCUCAUCCUCACCGUCCGUUUCGAAAAUCAGCACACGUUCCCGCCAGAAUUCGAUCCCAGCUGCCGUACAAUCCCCUGCUCCGAUGGACUCAUCGAACACCGAAUCGUCCGGCUCCGGCGGGCGCCGUGAAUCCAACGGCAGGCGGUCGAAGGCGCAGGAAAGGGAGAAGGAGGCUGAUCGGGGCAAGGAGAAGGAGCCAGAGAUCGAUGUGGAUGCCGAUGAUGACAGUGACGGCAACGCCGGGAUCCUCCACCAGAAUCUGACGUCGGCCAGCAGCGCGCUGCAGGGGCUGCUACGGAAGCUCGGUGCGGGGCUUGAUGACCUGCUGCCAUCGUCUGGUGGUGUGGGGUCUGCGGCGUCAUCGCACCAGAAUGGGCGGCUUAAGAAGAUCCUCUCCGGGCUGAGGGCCGAUGGGGAGGAGGGGCGACAGGUUGAGGCACUGACGCAGCUCUGCGAGAUGCUGUCUAUUGGGACUGAGGACUCGCUCAGCACGUUCUCGGUCGACUCGUUUGUGCCUGUCCUUGUUGGGCUGCUCAACCAUGAGAGCAAUGCCGACAUCAUGCUUCUGGCCGCGAGGGCGCUGACGCACCUUUGUGACGUGUUGCCAUCAUCGUGCGCUGCUGUCGUACACUAUGGCGCGGUGUCUUGCUUCUGUGCUCGGCUGCUUACGAUUGAGUACAUGGACUUGGCAGAACAGUCGCUCCAAGCUCUAAAGAAGAUAUCCCAAGAACACCCGACAGCCUGCCUGCGUGGUGGUGCACUCAUGGCAGUGCUAUCUUAUCUGGACUUCUUCUCCACAGGAGUUCAGAGAGUGGCGUUAUCCACAGCUGCAAACAUGUGUAAGAAACUCCCCUCCGAUGCAGCUGAUUUUGUGAUGGAAGCUGUUCCUUUACUCACAAAUCUCCUUCAGUAUCAUGAUUCAAAGGUGUUAGAUCAUGCUUCCGUUUGCCUAACUCGUAUUGCGGAGGCAUUUGCGUCAUCUCCUGAGAAAUUGGAUGAGCUAUGUAAUCAUGGACUGGUUGCACAAGCUGCCAGUCUUAUUUCCGUCAGUAAUUCGGGAGGUGGCCAAGCAUCUCUUAGCACGCCUACAUACACGGGUUUAAUCCGCCUUCUUUCUACAUGUGCGAGUGGCUCCACUUUGGCAUCCAAAACUCUUCUUCUCCUUGGCAUAAGUGGCAUUCUCAAAGAUAUUCUAUCAGGUUCUAGCCUUGUUGCGAGUGUGUCUGUUUCACCAGCUUUAACCAGGCCCGCAGAGCAGAUUUUUGAGAUUAUGAACCUUGCGGAUGAGCUUCUCCCCCCACUGCCUCAAGGAACCAUUUCCCUCCCAACUUGCUCUAGUUUUUUAAUGAAAGGAUCAGCUGCGAAGAAGUCCCCUGCUGGCAGCUCUGUGAAGCAAGAAGAUGCUAAUGGAACUGUACCCGAGAUUUCAGCUCGUGAGAGAUUAUUGCACGAUCAACCCGAACUUCUGCAGCAGUUUGGAAUGGACCUUCUUCCUGUCCUAAUACAGAUAUAUGGAUCAAGUGUUAAUGGGCCAGUUCGUCACAAGUGUCUCUCAGUUAUUGGCAAGUUGAUGUAUUUCAGCACAGCUGAUAUGAUACGGUCUUUACUUAGUGUCACCAACAUAUCAAGUUUCUUAGCAGGUGUUUUAGCAUGGAAAGAUCCGCAAGUGUUGAUUCCUGCCCUUCAGAUUGCUGAGAUUCUCAUGGAAAAGCUUCCUGGGACUUUCUCUAAGAUGUUUGUGAGAGAAGGUGUGGUUCAUGCAGUAGACACACUAAUAUUCUUAGAUCCUUCAAAUGCUGCUCCUGCAGAAGCGUCUCCAACAGAGAAAGACAAUGAUUUUAUAUGUGGAAGCUCUUCACGUUCUCGACGUUAUCGACGGCGUACUGGUUGUGCAAAUAUGGACAGCAGCUCAUUAGAUGAAUCCAAAAGUUCUGUACCUGGAAGUGUAUGUUCGCCCCCGACUUCAGUUGAAGUCCCCACUGCUAAUUCUAGUCUCCGUACAACAGUCAGUGCCUGCGCCAAAACUUUCAAAGACAAGUAUUUCCCUGCGAAUCCUGGGGCAACUGAAGUCGGAGUAACGGAUGAUCUCCUGCGUUUGAAAAACCUUUGUAUGAAAUUGAAUGCCAGUGUUGAUGAUCUCAAGACCAAAUCAAAGGGUAAAUCUAAAGCUUCCGUGCAUCGCCUGACAGAUAUUUCGGCUAAUACUGAGGAGCACUUGGUUGGAGUUGUAUCUGAAAUGCUGGCAGAGCUAAGCAAAGGAGAUGGUGUAUCCACGUUUGAGUUCAUUGGUAGUGGGGUUGUUGCCGCUUUGCUGAAUUAUUUUUCUUGUGGGACCUUUUCCAAGGAGAGAAUCUCUGAAGCCAACUUGCCCAAGCUCCGGCAACAGGCACUUAGAAGAUUCAAGUCAUUUAUUGCAGUUGCCCUCCUUGCCGGUAGCAAGGAAGGGAAUGGAGCUCCUAUGGCUACCUUAGUGCAAAAGCUUCAAAAUGCUUUGUCAUCCUUGGAGAGGUUCCCGGUCGUACUGAGCCAUUCAUCCAGGUCAUCUGGUGGAAACACACGCCUCUCUUCGGGAUUAAGUGCAUUAUCUCAGCCGUUCAAGCUGCGGCUAUGUAGAGCACAAGGUGACAAAUCUCUCCGUGACUACUCUUCGAAUGUUGUACUCAUUGAUCCUCUGGCAAGCUUAGCAGCCGUUGAAGAAUUCCUUUGGCCGAGAGUUCAGCGAGGGGAGUCAGGCCAGAAGCCCUUGUCUUCCACUGGGAAUACUGAGCCUGGGGUGACACCUGCUGCAGCUGGUGCUCCGUCACCCUCCACAUCUGUUCCCACAUCUUUGGGUCGUCGCCAUACGACUAGAUCUAGGUCAUCGGUUACAAUAGGAGGUGCAGGUAGAAAGGACCCACAUGAAGGACAGGCAAGCUCAUCUAAAGGGAAGGGGAAAGCUGUUGUGAAAUCUGCUCAUGAUGAGGCAAGAGGACCUCAAACAAGAAAUGCUGCACGCAGAAAAGCUGCUUCGGACAAAGAUGAACAAAUGAAGCCUGCAGAUGGUGACUUUAGCUCUGAGGACGAGGAGCUGGACAUCUCUCCUGUCGAGAUUGAUGAUGCAUUGGUGAUUGAAGAGGAUGACGUCUCAGAGGAUGAAGAUGAUGACAAUGACGAGGUACUAAGAGAUGAUGGUGUUCCUGUAUGCAUACCAGAGAAGGUACACGAUGUAAAACUGGGAGAUUCAGCCGAUGAUGGUACAGUUGUCUCUGCAACAAGUGACAGCCAGACGAAUCCUUCUUCUGGUUCUAGCAACAGAACAGCCUCUGUCAGAGGCCUGGAGUCUGCCGAGUUCAGAAGUGGGAGUCCUUUCGGUUCAAGGGGUGCAAUGUCGUUCGCUGCAGUUGCCAUGGCUGGACUGACAUCUGCAAGUGGCAGAGGUAUCAGGGGUGGUAGAGAUCGCCGCGGUCUUCUUGUUGGUAGUUCAAAUGAUCCUCCAAAACUAAUCUUUUCAGCAGGUGGGAAACAGCUUAACAGGAACUUAACUAUUUAUCAAGCUAUCCAACGCCAGCUUAUUCUGGAUGAGGAUGAUGACGAGAGGUAUAACCGCCCCGAUUUUCCAUCCAGUGAUGGUGGCAGGCUUUGGAGUGAUAUAUAUACCAUCACAUAUCAGAAGGCAGACACCCAAAUUGACAGGGCUUCUACAGGUGGUUCGACGACUUCUACUCAAUCAAAAUCUGCCAAAGCCAUCUCUACUUCAACUUCUAAUCCUGACAGUCCAUGGCAACAAACCUCACUUCUGGAUAGCAUCUUGCAAGGGGAGCUUCCUUGUGAUCUUGAAAAAUCGAAUCCCACUUACAACAUUCUUGCAUUGCUGCGUGUGUUAGAGGGCUUAAAUCAGCUGGCAUCUCGCUUGAGAAUCCAGGCAGUCUCUGAUGAUUAUUCGGAGGGGAAAAUUUCUAGUCUGGAUGAACUCAGUACCAUUGGCACCAAGGUUCAUCCUGAAGAAUUUAUCAAUAGCAAGCUGACUCCCAAACUGGCUCGUCAGAUCCAAGAUGCCCUUGCAUUGUGUAGUGGCAGCCUUCCUUCAUGGUGUUACCAGUUGACAAAAGCAUGCCCCUUCCUCUUUCCUUUCGAGACCAGGAGACAAUACUUCUAUUCGACUGCUUUUGGGUUAUCCCGUGCAUUGCAUCGACUUCAGCAGCAACAGGGAGCUGAUAAUCAAAGCUCGGCAAAUGAGAGAGAGAUCCGUGUUGGCAGAUUGCAGCGGCAGAAAGUCCGUGUUUCAAGAAAUCGUAUCUUGGAUUCUGCGGCAAAAGUUAUGGAGAUGUAUUCUAGCCAGAAGGCUGUUCUUGAAGUGGAAUAUUUUGGUGAGGUAGGCACCGGAUUGGGUCCAACUCUGGAGUUUUACACCCUUUUAAGUCAUGACUUACAGAAGGUUGGACUGGAAAUGUGGAGGUCUAAUGCUGUAUCUGAGAAGUCUGCAAUGGAAAUUGAUCUGGAUGAACAGAAACCCCAAAAAACUGAUGAAAUUUCAGAUGUAAAGAAGUUUGAGAUAGAUUCUACUGUUGGCAGCAGAGAUAUUAUACACGCCCCGCUUGGUUUGUUUCCUCGCCCAUGGCCUCCUAAUGCAGAUGCUUCUGAUGGUACUCAAUUUGCUAAAGUCAUUGAAUACUUCCGCUUGCUUGGACGAGUUAUGGCGAAAGCUCUUCAAGAUGGGCGGCUUUUGGACCUGCCACUGUCGACAGCAUUUUAUAAGCUACUGCUGGGUCAAGAUCUUGAUUUGCAUGAUAUUCUUUCGUUUGAUGCUGAGUUUGGGAAGAUUUUGCAAGAAAUGCAAGCGCUUGUUUGCCGGAAACAGUAUCUGGAGGCAAAUGGUGGUAACAGCCAGAAAGCUAUAGCUGAUCUACGUUUCCGUGGUGCUCCUAUUGAAGAUCUCUGUGUAGAUUUUACACUUCCUGGUUACCCGGAUUACAUCCUAAAGCCAGGCGAGGAAAACACACUGGUUAAUAUUAGUAAUUUGGAAGAGUACAUUUCCUUGGUAGUGCAUGCCAGUGUCAAGACAGGAAUUAUGCGACAAAUGGAAGCAUUUAGGGCAGGUUUCAAUCAGGUCUUUGACAUCACAUCUUUACAAAUCUUUUCUCCACAUGAGCUGGACUACUUACUAUGUGGUCGUAGAGAACUGUGGGAGGCUGAGAAGCUGGUUGAUCAUAUAAAAUUCGAUCAUGGAUACACUGCCAAGAGCCCCGCAAUUCUCAAUCUACUCGAGAUCAUGGGUGAAUUCACUCCCGAGCAACAGCGUGCUUUCUGCCAGUUUGUAACUGGUGCACCUAGGCUUCCACCUGGUGGUCUGGCAGUUCUAAACCCGAAGCUGACCAUUGUGAGGAAGCAUUCUUCCACCACGACAAAUACGGCAGCUAAUGGAACUGGCCCUUCCGAAUCGGCUGAUGAUGAUUUGCCCAGUGUUAUGACCUGUGCUAAUUACCUCAAGCUUCCGCCCUAUUCAACUAAGGAAGUUAUGUACAAGAAACUACUUUAUGCCAUCAGUGAAGGGCAGGGAUCCUUUGACUUGUCAUAAGACUUAAGGCACUAAUCCAAUGGCACCAUAUUGCGACAACACGGGUCCCUCGAAUUUCAUGCAAACAGUUCUUUCAUUUGCCCCUAAACUGGGAAGAAUUAGCUGAAUGUCUGAUACUGAGAGCCAGCUCGGCGGCCCAAGGGGCUGGUUACAUUGACUGAGAAGAAGCUUUCUGAGAGGGGGGAAACAAAAUUGUCUGCUAAUGUUUGUAAGUAAAAGGAAACUCCUGCCUAUCUACUUACCUGAGUUCACUGGUAGCCUAUAAUGUAUUGACAGACUGAAAAUUGAAAGGGGAUGAGAAUUCUUGAAUUGAAUUUUGGUUUUUUCUAAUUCCAUUGAGAAUACUUUUUAUUUUUGUUGUCUUCUUUUUCAAAUACAUUGUGGUCUCUGAGUAGUGAUGCACAAAACCACAUUUCCGCUGUAUAUACUUGACGAACAAAGAAAGAAAAGAAACGUAUGUUCUAUCUUGAC